AAUAAUCUAAAAAAAAAAAAAAAAGAUUUAUUUGAGUGGGGGGAAAGAGAGAGAGAGAAAGCACACACAAGUGGGAGAGGUAGAGGGAGAGAGAAUCUCAAGCAGACUGUGCUGCGUAUGGAGCCUGACUUGGGACUUGAUCCCUUGACCCCGAGUUCACGAUCUGAAUGGAAACCAAGAGUCAGAGGCUUAACUGACUGCGCCACCCAGGUGCCCCUUAAUUUUAUUAUUCUUUUAAGUAAUCUCCACACCCAAAGUGGGCUUGAACUCCAAACCCUGAGAUCAAGGGUCGUGUGGUCUACCAACUGAGCCAGCCAGGAGCCCCCCAAAAUUAUUUUAAUAAUUAAUAGAAUAGACACAAAAACAGUAAGGACAUAGAAGACACCACCAAUAUCAUCAGCUAACUUGAUUCAAUAAAUAUGCCUAAAACAUUGCUCCAUAUUACAGCAGAAUGCACAUUCUUUUCACCUACACAUGGAAUAUUCACCAAGAUAAACUAACUGCUGGGACAUAAAAUAAAUUUCAGUAAGUUUUAAAAUCGAAUUAAUAUAUUCUCUAAAACGUAAAAACCACAGACAUUUAAAUUUUACAGAACACUUAUCAAAAAGUAAAAGAAGGGUGCCUGGGUGGCUCAGUCGUUAAGCGGCUGCCUUCAGCUCAGGUCAUGAUCCCAGAGUCCUGGGAUCGAGUCCCGCAUCGGGCUCCCUGCUCAGCGGGAAGCCUGCUUCUCUCUCUCCCACACCCCCUGCUUGUGUUCCUGCUCUCGCUGUCUCUGUCUCUGUCAAAUAAAUAAAUAAAAUCUUCAAAAAAAAGUAAAAGAAGACAUAAGGGAAACCAAUAGAAGAUAAACUGGGAGCAUAAUUUUGUAAAAUAGGCAAGGGUGAUUUAAAUAUAGCAUUAAAAAAUAAAAUAUAUGGAAAAUGGGUAAACAUUGCUAUUAGAAUUGAAGACUUCUAUUUCAUAAAGCUCAUGGCAGCCAAAAUUUAGAGUUAAGAAAGAUUGAGAGAGGUUUUCCUUUUGGGGAAGAUGGCAGAGUAGGAGGAUCGUAAGGUCACCUUGUCCCAUGGAUACUCCUAGGUAAUGUACACUUCAGUGUAAAUAAACCAGAAAAUGACCCAGAGACUGGUAGAACAGACUCUCCGCAGGUAAAUGUAGAGAAGAGGCCACAUCGAAAAGGGUAGGAAGGGCAGAGUCAUGGUAGGAAACCAAACUGACCUACAAGACUAUCUGUGGAAGGGAGGGACACUGUCGGCACAGAGAAGGGAGAGGAGCAGACCCCAUACCAGGUACCCAGGGCACCAGGAACCCACAGUGGGAAAACUAAUACCCAUAAUAUUUGGCUUUGAAAACCCUUUGUUCUUAAAAUCAGGGAUGCCUAACUCCUGGAACUUUAAAAAUCAGUGGCUUGGAGGGUGAUAGGAAAGCGAGUCCCUGACCUUAAAGAGACAGCAUAAAAACAGCCCCACUGAGGUACAGCAUAGACGCCGCACUUUGGAAAAUGCCUGAUAUAUACGGAAAGGACAUUUGUUUGCUGGUUUCAGAACAUGUGCUGCAGGGGCAGGGAGUUUUAGGAGACUUCUCCCAGAAUAAAAGAGUUUGUCAGAUGCCGGUUCCUUCCCCUGUACCCCUAGGCUACAUACAUGGACACCUGCAGGAACCAUUGCAGAACGAACUCUCUUCACCUAGCUUGCCGUUGGCACGCCCCACCCUCUCUAAUCCAGCCUCACGAGUCCAUCCCAAGUGGCUAUGGGUCCCCUGCCACAGCAGACCAGUGAAAACGCAGCUAGGACCGUACGUGUCCUGCUCUCCUGUGGGCCCCACUCCGCAGGAGUCCUCUAAAGUGACCUCAGGUCCUCUCCCACAAGCAGAACAGCACCGCCUUGCCAGCAUGCUCACCUUCUCCAGCAGACCCACCCCUCCAGCACCCCUUCUGCAGGACUCUUACCAGAAGAGGGGCCACAGCAUAGCAGUGUGCAGGCAGUCUGGACGGGGGCUGGCACCGCUGCCAAGUGACUUCUGUCCUGGGGAGAGGGAAGGAAUUGUAUCCUCCAGAUCACACGCAGUCACCCAACUGGAGCAAAAGGAAGAUCCCCAGAUGCCUGACCAGGUGGCUAUGACCCCAGUCACAGAAAGAGAGGCUCGGAGGGGGCCUGGACUUGGUGGUUGGUGUGCAGUGGAGGAUGAGGCUCCGUCCCCUGAGCAGAGUGUUUCUUCAGAAGGAGUGUCACAAGUCAGGACUCCGGUGGCAGGUCUGAACCCCCAGCCAUGUGACAUACCUGGCUCGGUAUUGAAAGAAAUCUUACACCUGGCUGAAUACCAGGGGGGAGAAGCCAGGCUGGAACCACACACGGGCGGGGCCUGCUGGAAGCCCUUCUGGCACGGUGCAAACGUCCAUCAGCACCACACUGCAGAGAAAUCCUUCAGAAGAGAUGAGGGCAGGGACUCGGUAAAAACCUGCAGAUUCUAUGUGCCAGCGAAGACCUAUACACACAGGGCGCGUAGAAGGGACUUUACAGCCACCUCUGACCUUCUUCAGCACCAGGUCCCCCACAUGAGGAUGAAGCCCCACAAGAACACCAGGCUUGGGGGAGCCCUUCACCCUGGACAGCGACAUCACAAGUGCAUCGAAUGUGGGAAACUGUUCACCCGCAAAGACACGCUUACUCGGCACCGGAGAAUCCACACUGGAGAAAGGCCUUAUGAGUGCAGCAAAUGUGGGAAAUUCUUUAGUCAAAGCUGUGACCUUUUUAAACAUGAGACCAUACACACUGGGGAAAGGCCUUACGAGUGCAGUGAAUGUGGGAAAUUCUUUAGACAGAUCUCUGGCCUGAUUGAACACAAGCGAGUUCACACGGGUGAAAGACUCUAUCAGUGCAGUAAUUGUGGGAAAUUCUUUAGCAGUAAGUCUAACCUCAUUAGACACCAGGAAGUUCACACAGGAGCAAGGCCUUAUGUAUGUAGCACAUGUGGGAAGGAGUUCAGCCGCAAACACACACUUGUUCUGCACCAGAGGACUCACACUGGAGAAAGGCCUUAUGAGUGCAGCGAGUGUGGGAAGGCCUUUAGCCAGAGUUCCCACCUUAAUGUGCACUGGAGAAUUCAUGGCAGUGAUUACGAGUGCAGCCGAUGUGGGAAAGCCUUUAGCUGCAUCUCUAAACUCAUUCAGCACCAGAAAGUUCACUCUGGAGAAAAUCCUUAUGAGUGCAGCAGAUGUGGGAAAGCCUUUACCCAAAGGCCCAAUCUUAUUCGGCACUGGAAAGUUCAUACCGGAGAACGGCCUUACGUGUGUAGCAAAUGUGGGAAAGAGUUUAACCGCAAACACACACUUGUUCUCCAUCAGAAGCUUCAUAAUGGAGAAGAGCCUUAAUACCAUAGCAGAUGUGGGGAGUCCUUUAGCCAAGGCCCCCAACUUACUGUCCAUUUGAGAAUUCCUAGCAGUGAUUAUGAGUGCAGCAGACAUAGGACAGUCUUUACCCAAGGAGCAAACUUUAUUCAGCACUGGAAAAUCCACACUGGACAGUGGUACAGGGAAUGUGCCAUCUCCUUGUUCAGCCUAACAGCUCUCCCCAGAGUGAAGCUCUGAGAGGAGGCUUUGUGAGGGAGCCAUCAUUCAGAAGUGGUACCUCACACAUAGGAACCUCUGCCUUGGGGAGGUUCCUUGUGAGUGCCUGGUAUGUCAAGUGCUCUCAGGAGCCGUGUUGCACGUUGUAAAUUGCCACCUCCCUUUGCCAGUGGCAGAAACCGUCCCCCUAUGACCAUCUGUCAGUUCCACAGUGUGUGUCAGUCACUCCAGCACGCUUAGGCAGGUAGACCUGUGCUGUCUCCACAGUCCCUAGAAGGAGUCAUGAUUGGCCUCCGUGGCCCAUGGGGGGCCUCAUUUUCUCCCUUUUGUCUGGGUUAAGCAUGGGAAAAAUCAGCACACAAGGUGGGUUUUCCAGGUAGCUUGCAAAGGUUUAUCUUCAUGGACUUUUUCAUCUUGUGUGAUGCUCACUGUGGAUGUGUAUGGUCUCACGGCCUCCAGCCCUGGAAGCACAUGCCUCACUUCACUCAUGUUUGUACAGUAAUAAAGGGCUUAUUCUUUGAGCUACUUUUUUUUUUUUUUAAGAUUUUAUUUAUUUAUUAGAGAGAGAGAGCCCCAGCGGGGGUGGGGGGCUGCGCAGAGGGAGAGGGAGAAGCAGGCUCCCUGCUCCAUCUCAGGGUCCUGGAAAUCAUGACCCGAGUUGAAGGCAGACGCUUAACUGAAUGAGCCACGCAGGUGCCCCUCUUUGAGCUACUUUUAAUCUGGAAGGUUCUGCUUAUUGUGUGUUGAGGACACAGUUGUGUUCUACCCACAUGAAAGGAUAAAGUUUGUGGGAGUCCCCAGUUUUCCAUGUCUCAGAGGGGACACGAUGAUGUCAGAGAAAAGCUCUCACUCCAGGUUUGGCCUAAUUUGCGUUGCUACCCAAGGUCUUAUAGGAAAGACUUAGGAACUUUGUGAGACCUGUCAUGGCAGCCUGGGUGCUAGUUUAAUUUUUGGGUCCAAAAGUAACUAUGUGGGGAGGUGGUUGUGACAACCUCCAGUGCAUCUGGAAGCAGAAUGAGUUUAGUCCCUUGUCCCCAUGGAAUGUUUCAUAUCCCCAAGCACUGUUAAGAGAUGACUGGCCUCUGGUACCUGGCAAGGAGCCUGAGUUCAGAAUUCAGUAGGUAGAUGUCACUGGCUGGAAUACUACAGGGGCCAGGUGGGAACUAUAAUGGACACAGACACAAAGUGUGAUUAAUACGGAGUUAGAGAGAUUGCAGGACACUACACAGAUGCCCCACGAAAGGUACCUGCUCAUAGUAUUCCCAUAUUAUGGCUGAGUAGGAUGAGAAGAGUACAGAAAUUUUCAGGACUUCCAGAGCUGUCUCCUGUGGCCAAGAUAACUUACAGGACAAAUAACCUAAAUAUUUGUGGAUUCCCUUAGACCCUAGAUGCCUCAGGUCAGAACUGUUGCUGCGCUGGCAGGAAAAUGGAUUGAGAGAAGGGAGAUCUGGGAUUCCAGGGAUGUGGUUUUUGUGACUUAUCCAAUAUUCUUUUUUUUUUUUUUUUUAAGAUUUUAUUUAUUUAUUUGUCAGAGAGGGAGAGAAAGCACAAGCAGGGGGAGUGGUAGGCAGAGGGAGAAGCAGGUUCCCUGCUGAGCAGGGAGCCCAAUGAGGGACUCGAUCCUAGGACCCUGGGAUCCUGACCUGAGCUGAAGGCAGAUGCUCAACUUACUGAGUCACCCAGGCGUCCUGACUUAUUUGUGUUCUUGGUGACUCAUAUAGAAACAGCUUUCCUGAGUUGCCAAUUUAUGCUGCCACUGAAGCAGGACUACUCCCAAGGCACGAGGAGUGUGAUGAUGGAGUAAAUAGGGUUGCCUAUAGGAUUUAAUUUGUCUUUUUCCUACUUUCUUAAGGUGGACUAUGUUAUUUAUUUGAAAACUCCCCUCUAAUUCAGUAAUUUUGUAAGUUUCCCUGUAAUGACUAUGUUAGCAGCAUUCCCCAGAUUUUGAUAUAUUGUGCAUUUGUUUCAUCUUGAGAUAGAAUUAGUUUAAAAUUGGACUGAAAAAGUUCUAACUUUAUUUCUAGGAACUUCUGAGUAUCUGUCUUUGACACUCUGCUAAGAUAAGGGCCGUGGGAUUUAUUAUGUGUUGUUUAAUAUCCAAAAAUUUCCUGACCACACCUAGUCCCAGUUUGGUUGCUGAUGGUUUCCAACUGGCAUAAUGGUUAGAUAGUCUGGCUUGAGUAUGUUACCAGAAAGGCAUAAAAAUUCCUCCUGGAAUCUUCUGACUCUCUGGAAGCCAGGGUUCAUCAGUCACAUAUUUGUGGCUUAAUCUGGGAGUGAAUCACAGGAGUGUAUGAAUAAGAAUCUGGGAAACUGCAUGGAUGUUUGACUCCCAAUAUGGCCCUGCAUUCUUUCUCUUGCUAUGUUAUAUCCUUUGCUUUUAAGAAAACCUCACAUGAGUAUGUUCUGUGGAGUCUUGCAAGUAUUUUGAAUUACAAUAUUCGUGAAAUGGUUGCAGUUGGUGAUAAGGAUGGGAUAUUUAAUAUGACUCCUGAUUUUAAUUCAAAUAAUAAUGACUAAGAGGGGAGCGCAUGGCUGGCUCAGUUGGUAGAGCAUGUGAUUCUUGAGCUCAGGAUCAUGAAUUCAAGCCCCACAUUGAGUGUGGAGCCUACUUAAAAAAAAAAUGACUUAGUGCACAGGAAAAAGAUGACAGAGGCUGCUGAGGAAGGAUUUUUGGUAAUGGGUUGGUUUCCAGGCCAUCCCUGGGUUGCGUAUGCUCAAGUGCUGCACUCAGAAACAGGAGGAAAAACAUAAGUGAGAACUGGGGUCUGUAGGUCCUUGCUAAAUGGAUUGCAAAUCAAAUGCAAACUGAGGGGACGUCAGCCAAGAAUGUGGUUCCUUGGCUGCCCCCCCGCCAGCAAAAAUAAAGGCAUCAGAGAAGCAGCUAGAGGCUCUUAAACGUGUAGAUUAUAGCCUGUGAUUCAGUAUGAAACCAUAACUUCUAUCGCCAUCCCUCUGAGCCAGCUGAUGGACAUGGUAAAAGGGGAGACAGUAUGAUGUGAGGCAUGAUGUUAUGCAUCUCUGUUCUGUUCAGCUCUCUCUUUUUUUUUUUUUUUAAAGAUUUUAUUUAUUUAUUCAUGAGAGAGAGAGAAAGAGAGGCAGAGGGAGAAGCAGACUUCCCGCGGAGCAGGGAGCCUGAUGCGGGACUCGAUCCCAGGACUCUGAGAUCAUGACCUGAGCUGAAGACAGACGCUCAACCAUCUGAGCCACCCAGGCGCCCCUGUUCAGCUCUCUUGAGUGGGUUUUUAUACUGGGGGGAAGAUAAGGAUUAUUCAGAAGAAAGAUAACUCUAAAUAAAAGAUGGAAGAAUUCUCAGAAUAACUAAAUCAGAUAAAGAUGUUCAGGUGGUUGAUUAAAAGUAACAUCUUUAAAAAGGAGAAGGUAGAUGGAAUAGUUAAUAAAAUUUUGGUGGAUCACUAAGAAAUUGGCAGUCUGUUCAAAGAACUGGGACAAAUUCAAUUUAUCCUAGCCAAAAUAAACUUUUAAAAUAUUAAGAUUAUAAAAAAGAGGCCUCUAUAAUCUUCUCAGAACCUGUUUUGAUUAUAACCAGGCAAGGAAAUGCAGAGGAUUUGACUGAGUGAUGGGGUCUCAUGACCUUCCAGCAGGGACCCCAAGUCUGCUUUCAUUGGUAUUGGUGACAUGGCCUUAGGGCAGUAAAAAAUAUACAGUUGCUAGGCUUGAUGAUCUGUGUAUUGUUAUGACUUAAAAGUCAAAUGAAAAUUGAGAGGGAAAUAUUACAGGAAUAUGAUGUUACUAUAGAAGACUUACAGGUGAAAGCACAGUCCACAAAGGAAUUUCUGGACAGAAACCAUGUAUGGUUGUUGCCUCCCCCUAACCAUAGUGCAUUAUUGGAAUGGAUAUGGUGUUAUAUAAAUCUACUUAGUCUUUUUUUUUGAAGUAAGCUCUACGCCCAACGUGGGGCUUGAACUCAGGACCCCAAAGAUCAAGAGUCACAUUCUCUACUGACUGAGCCAGCCACGUGCCCCUAGUUAAGGAUCUUCGAUUUUUUUUAAUUUAAAAAAAUUGUUUAAGCUUUUAUUUUUUUAAGUAAUCUCUACACCCAGCAUGGGGGCUCGAACUCACUACCCCGAGAUCAAGAGUUGCGUGCUCUUCCAACUGAGCUAGCCAGGCACCCCCAGGAUCUUUUAGAUGCAGCUGUGUUAGUAUUUACAAAUUCCCAUUUAAAGGUCUCAUGGUGUGUAAGGAAAGCUGAUGGAAAGGAGAGGUUAACUGUAGAUUUUGGAGGACUUGAUAGUUGUAGCCCCCACCCUGGGCCCCAAAUCAUCAGCUGUAUCCAAUAUGCUAUCUACAAUUAAAGUUAUGCUGCAUGCUCAGAGACAUCAGUGUUUUGUUCUGGAUUUGGCUAAUGCCUUCUUUUAUAUUAGGAAGCCAAAGUGUUCAUUAGAAGUAGACCCCAGUAUGCAGAUACUGUGUCCUCAAAAGAAGAUGUCAAAAAUCUGGCUGACACUUGGCCCUUGCUUUAAACUCCAUUCCAUGAUGGUAUCUAGUGUAUGCGCAAAGCCACUUUUGGAGGGGAAGGCCAAGAAAAUACUACUCUAAAUCUGACAUAUUUUGUAAUGAUCGUUGUCUAAUCCAUAAUAUAACUGUUCCUUGGUGGGAUACUGGUAUAGCCGGUAAGAUUAAUUUAAUGGAUUCUAACGAAACCUGUGGUAACACUGAUACAGAUUAUAAAGCAUGUUGGGAAACUGAAUUAAAACUUCUACAGGAUGCUCUCUCAGUGGAAUUUGUUUGGCCAGAAGGGGAACUAGAAUUAGUUAAAAAUAACAUAAUUUCAAAUUUAAUGAAUUUCCUGAUAACAAAAAAAUUGAAAUUCCAGUGUAACUAAUGUACAGUGUUCUGUUAGUUUUAGGUGUAUAAUAUAGUGAACAAUUCUGUACAUGACUCAGUGUUCAUCAUAAGUGUACUCUUAAUGCCCCUCACCUUUUUCACCCAUCCCCCCCACCUCCCCUCUGGUAACCAUCAGUGUGUUCACUAUAUUUAAGAGUCUGUUUUUUCAUCUGUCUCAUUUUUCUUUGUUUUGCUUCUUAAAUUCCACAUAUGAGUAAAGUCAAAUGGUAUUUGUCUUUCUGUGACUGACUUAUUUCGCUUAGCUUAACACCCUCUAGGUCCAUCUAUGUUGUUGCAAAUGGCAAGAUUUCAUUCUUUUUAUGGCUGAAUAAUACUUCAUUGUGUAUAUAUAUAUAAGAAUGCAUCUUCUUUAUGCAUUCAUCUAUCGAUGGACAGAUGUUGCUUCCAUAAUUUGGCUAUUGUAAAUAAUGCUGCAAUAAACAUAGAGUGCAUAUAU